AAUCCUCGCAUAAAUAAUUGAGUUUGGAGUCCAGGGCUUUCUGCCGCUCAGAGCGCAUUGCUGGAGUUGCAAAACGGCUAAGCACGGAGAGGGCUGGGGCACCGACUGAGAGCUGCUCCCCAGGUCGGUGGGAGGCGGACGGAGGGAGCGCGGAUCUCGGCGAGCUCAGGCAAGGCGGCGCGCUUGGCACAGAGACCUCAAGUCCAAGGCUGCUGGGUUCCAGCACUGUCUCAGAGGUCACUGCACGAACAGCAUGGGUUUCUCCGGAGGCUCCGACGUGGGGGCCGAUGGCAACUUUAGCCGCUGGUGGCCUGUGGCUGCCGAAGGUGCUAAUGCUAGCCAAGAAACCGAAGGGCACGGGGAAGGUGGUGGCCCGCCAGAGGACGUGCGCAAUGAGGAACUGGCCAAGCUGGAGAUCGCGGUGCUGGCGGUGACUUUCGUGGUGGCCGUCCUGGGCAAUAGCAGCGUGUUGCUGGCUCUGCACCGCACCCAGCGCAAGACGUCCCGCAUGCACCUCUUCAUACGACACCUCAGCUUGGCAGACCUGGCGGUUGCUUUCUUCCAGGUAUUACCACAACUGUGCUGGGACAUCACCUACCGCUUCCGCGGCCCCGACUGGCUGUGCCGCGUGGUGAAGCACUUGCAGGUGUUCGCCAUGUUCGCGUCGGCCUACAUGCUGGUGGUCAUGACCGCCGACCGCUACAUCGCCGUGUGCCACCCGCUCAAGACUCUGCAGCAGCCCGCGCGCCGCUCGCGCCUCAUGAUUGCCGCCUCCUGGGUGCUGAGCUUCGUGCUGAGCACGCCUCAGUACUUCAUCUUCUCCAUGAUCGAGGUGAACAAUGUCACCAAGGCCCAAGACUGCUGGGCCACCUUCAUUCAGCCGUGGGGAACCCGCGCCUACGUCACCUGGAUGACCAGCGGCAUCUUCGUGGCCCCCGUGGUCAUUUUGGGGACGUGCUACGGUUUCAUCUGCUACCACAUCUGGCGCAACGUCCGCGGGAAGACCGCCUCGCGCCAGAGCAAGGGUGCCAGGGAAGCGGGCAGCGCCUUCCAUAAGGGGCUCCUGGUGGCCCCGUGUGUCAGCAGCGUGAAGACCAUUUCCCGCGCCAAGAUCCGCACGGUGAAGAUGACUUUUGUGAUUGUGACGGCUUACAUCCUCUGCUGGGCGCCUUUCUUCAUCAUCCAGAUGUGGUCAGUCUGGGAUGAGAAGUUCAUCUGGACAGAUUCAGAAAACCCUUCCAUUACCAUUACGGCUUUACUGGCUUCGUUGAAUAGUUGCUGCAAUCCCUGGAUAUACAUGUUUUUCAGUGGCCACCUUCUGCAAGACUGUGUGCAAAGUUUCCCAUGCUGCCAAAAUAUGAAGCAACAAUUCCACAAGGAAGAUACUGACAGCAUGAGCAGAAGACAGACUUCUUACUCCAACAACCGAAGUCCGACAAACAGUACAGGAACAUGGAAGGACUCACCCAAAUCUUCCAAGUCCAUCAAAUUCAUUCCUGUGUCCACCUGAGCCCCACACUCACUCAGUUACUGACAUUUUGAUUCAUUAGCUGAAUCCAGCUAGAAAUCAUAACAAACAAACGUGCAUCAGACAAGCAGAAAAAAAUCAAUGCAUUGGGUACAAGAUUUGGUUUCUAGUUGUGGUUUCCACAUCGCUAUGACCAUGAACUAUAAAUUAUUUUAUAUGGAAUGUAAAUGCAAACACACCACACUAAAAUGUGGAGGUCUAAGUUCCAGAAAUACAAAGAGAGUUCUGUUUCUAAGGGAAGAAUUCAUAACCACCCUGACUUUAUAUUUUGUGGUUGGUUUAUUUGAUAUUUUGACUUAGGUCAUAUGUUAAGUCUUGUUUGGUUGAAAGAUCAUAGAUUUCUGAACAAAGUAAGCUCAUGCUUUAGAAAAGACUUCAGAGAAAUCAUGCUUCCAACGAAUGAAAUCCAUUUAUUCUUUAUCAAAUGCAACUCCAAAUGGUAAUUAGCCACUGGGUUCUUUGCAAGAUUUUUGAGAGACAUAUCAGCCAGGAGGUGAUGCGUUCAGAGUGAAAGUUAGAAAGUUCUGUUACACUUUGUAUGUCACCUUUGAAUAUAAAAUGACAACUUGAUAACUGACCAUGUCCUCUUUAGGUUCUUCACAUUUCACUGGCUGUGGAAAAUAUAAUUACCAAAUUGCUGCAUGUUAGAUUGCAAGAUUGUUCUAAAGUCUGAUUUGUGCAGGGAAUGUCAGCUUUUCUAUAACACAAUUGCCUAAGGUCAUCUUUUGACUUUCUCUUGAAUAUUGUAAACAUAUUUGACUGGUGUAACUAAAUGUCCUGUGCUAUAUUCUGUUCAUAUUUGGAUUCCAAGAUUAGAGAAUGAGUCAGAUAGAAAUACCCCACUGUGUCUAAUCAACAGUUUCAGAGUAGAGAGGAUAUAGGUGUGAGGUGAGGAAAAGGUGAAUGAGAAAAGAAUUGCUACUUAUCUUCUGGAGAUUCCUUCAGUAUUAAUUGCACAACUUUAGAUAUGCUUUUUAAAAAUACAAAGUCCGCUUCCUUGGCUCUACCUUGGAGUCAGUAACAUUCACCUCACAGGAGUGUUACAAAGAGUAAAGUAAAUUCAAUGUGUGAAUAGAACUUUAUAAAUGUGUACUAUACAUAUGCCAGUGGUUUUAUUCUAUAGAUCUUCAGAAUUGUACAGCUUUUAUUUUCCCCUCACUUGUUUUUUAUUAAACAGCAUUGUUUGUUUCAUGUCUGGGAUAUAAAAUCCUAACGUUUAAA